AUGUUGGAACCUUCAAUGAAUGAUCAAUUCUUAGAAAGGAACAUUCAAGUUUUAGGUCGUGAAAAAAAGAGUGAUAAAUGGACAAUGUUGCAAGAUGGACUAGAUGAUUAUUUGCAGGCAUUAGUUCAAUUAGACUUUGAGAUGGUUCGAUUUUUACUUGAAUCUAAUGAGUUACAAGAAACUAUACAACCUGAAUUACCAGAUGCGAAUGUGUUAUUGAUGAGUAAUGCCAAACAACUUUAUUUUCCUGAAAAACUAAAUCGAGGAAAUAGUCGCGAUUGUCUAUAUAAUGAUCUUAUUGAUCUUUUUAAAGAAAAAGGUGAAGGGUGGUUUGCUGGAAGUCAAAAUACAAGAGGCAAAUUAUUUUUAGAAUGUUUAUCUAGUGCAAUUUGUGUGAGAGAAAUAUGGGCAAGUAAAGAAUAUUGGGCACAAAUUAUUCCUGAAGUUUUUAGUUUUAUUGCCAUGAUUCGAAAAUAUGCAGGACAUUUACAAAAGUCAUCUUAA